AUGGGAUAUGCAAGUACAGAGAAGAAAUGGUUUUUCCAUAUUCUUAUGAGCUUCGUUGUAUUUGCUUUCCUAAUCGCUACAUCAUUCAAUACCAGUCGUGUUUAUUCCCUUCGCUCCAUCGAUUCAUUACUCCCACUUUUCCAAUCCCAUUUUUCGGUUAACAAAACAUUGCCACUUUUUGUUGAAACCAAGAUAUUACCCACACCUCCUCCUCCUGGAAUGCCUUCCGUUCCUCGAUUUGCUUAUCUGAUUUCUGGUUCCAGAGGUGAUUUAGAAAAGCUAUGGAGAACUCUUCGAACGCUUUAUCAUCCUUUAAACCAUUAUGUUGUUCAUCUUGAUCUUGAAUCACCGGCUGAGGAGAGGCUGUCUUUUACUUCUAGACUCGAAAGAGAUCCCAUUUUUGCAGAGGUUGGAAAUGUUUAUAUGAUCACCAAAGCUAAUAUGGUUACUUACAGAGGUCCAACCAUGGUAGCCAAUACUCUUCACGCGUGUGCUAUUCUUCUUAAGCAUAGUAAAGAUUGGGAUUGGUUUAUCAACCUUAGUGCAUCAGAUUAUCCUCUUGUCACACAAGAUGAUCUUCUAUACACGUUUUCUAAGUUGGACCGCAGCCUGAAUUUCAUCGAGCACACGAGCCAUCUUGGUUGGAAAGAGGGUCAAAGAGCAAUGCCUUUAAUCAUAGAUCCUGGGCUCUAUCAGUCAACAAAGAAGGAUUUACUUUGGGCUAAUCCCAGAAGAAGUUUGCCAACAGCCUUUAAAUUGUUUACAGGUUCGGCAUGGAUGAUUCUUUCGCGCUCAUUUGUAGAAUAUGUGAUAUGGGGCUGGGACAACCUUCCCAGAACCUUGCUUAUGUACUACACGAAUUUUGUCUCAUCUCCUGAAGGCUACUUUCAGACAGUCGUUUGCAAUGCACCGGAGUUUGCACACACGGUUGUAAACAGCGACAUGCACUACAUUGCUUGGGAUAAUCCUCCAAAGCAACACCCGCACACGCUUACUCUCAACGACACGAACAAAAUGGUGGCGAGUAAUGCAGCAUUCGCUCGUAAAUUCAAACAAGGUGACCCUUUACUUGACCUGAUUGAUAAAGAGUUACUAGGGCGGAAGAAUGGGAGCUUUACACCCGGGGGCUGGUGCACUGGAAAACCCAUGUGCUCCAGCGUAGGGGAUCCUACUAAGCUUAGGCCCGGCCCUGGUGUUAAGAAGCUUCAACAACUUAUUGCUAAGCUUUCCCUUCUAUCGAAAUCUAAACCAAACCAGUGUAAAUAAAUCAAUUUGAUUCUUGUCCAUUAUUUGAUUGUACCUAAAGGAUUAGGGAGAAAGAGAAAGACAAGAAGAGUAGAAUUAUAGUCCUGUCCCACAUAGAUAUAAGCAAAGAAUUUUGUACUCUGGUUCUUUCCUCAAUUAUAGUGCAAUUCUACUAAAGUAUGAAGAGGAAGCUUGUACAAUAAUUAAGUAAAAGAUGGUUUAAAUUAUAUCCAUAACAACAAUGAACCAACUGCUUUUGACA